CAAAAGAACACUGCACCAGUGGCGCUGUCGACGUCCGCUGCCAUGGGCGCCGGAACCGAAUUGGCUCCGAGCAAUCCAACCUCUGUCUCUGUAUUUGAAGGACGACAAUGCCGCAUGAUUUGAUAUACUAAUAUAAACCUUCCAGAUAGAUUAAUGGUCAAUCAGGCCGCUUUUGAAGGGGACAAUUUCAGCUAUUCUUAGUAAUGGCGAUUGGAUAUGACAUCUCCAUCACCAAUUGCCCCCCAAAUAAACCUAAUCCAGUCCACCCAUACCUACUUUCAGAGAAUUCCCAUCUCUCCGAGCAGCGGCAUGACGUUUCUUUCCGGAGGUUCCACUGCAAUUUCCGGCUGAGGAACCACCAGACAUGGCCGCUGUUCGCUUCCUCCUCCUCCCUCUCCUCCUUUUCUUCUCCCUGCCCCUCUCUCUGUCUGCGACUGACGCAGAAACCCUAAUCAGGUUCAGAAACUCCCUCUCAAAUUCUCAGGCUCUCGAUUCAUGGACCCCAAACACUUCUCCCUGCGACACCAAACAGCGAUGGGCAGGCGUUGUUUGUAACAAACAGGGAGAUAUCACUGGUCUCAAUCUCGGCCAUAUGGAUCUCUCCGGCAAGAUUGACGUAAACGCUUUGCUUCAGCUCCCCGCUCUUCGAACAAUCUCUUUCGUGCGCAACUCUUUCUCGGGCCCGAUACCGCAAUUCAAUCGUCUUGGUUCUCUCAAGGCUCUCUACUUGUCCUUCAAUGGCUUUUCCGGGGAAAUACCUUCGGAUUUCUUCUCAAAAAUGGGGUCUUUGAAGAAACUAUGGCUUUCCGGGAAUAAAUUUUCAGGGAAACUGCCAGAAUCUUUGGGAAAGAUGCCGAAUCUGAAGCAUCUGCACCUGGAGGAAAAUGAAUUCUCUGGGCCCAUUCCUCCAUUGGAACAACAAUCUUUAACUUCAAUCGACCUGUCAAACAACAAGCUCGAGGGUGAAGUGCCAUCGGCUCUAGCCGCAAGAUUUGGCAAGCGUCCAUUCCAGGGAAAUCAAGGUCUGUGCGGAAAGGCAUUGGGCAAGGAAUGCAGCCAGUCGCUGCUGUCGGCGGCUCGUGACACCCCGGAACCGAAGGAGAAAUCUAUGGUAUCUUUGUGGGUGGUAAUAGCCAUAGUUGCUGCAACGGCGGUAGUGGUUGUAAUGUUUAUAGUGGCUCGGAAAGAGGAAGACGAGAGCGUGGACGAGAAGUAUAAAAAGCCGGGGAAAGAGAACCUGGAUGAGGGAUUUCAAAAGCGGCCAUCACCAAGCACAAACAUGCGGAGCAUCGGCAUCAGUUCUAGCAUGAGAGGCGGCUCCAGCAGGCGGAGCUCGAUGAAAUGCAGGGACACCAGCGACCUGGUGGUGGUGAACGAGGAGAGGGGGAUAUUUGGGUUUGCGGACUUGAUGAAGGCGUCGGCGGAGGUGCUGGGGAACGGGGAGCUAGGGUCGUCGUACAAGGCAGUGAUGGGGAACGGAGUGGCGGUGGUGGUGAAGAGGAUGAAGGAGACGAACAAGAUAGGUAAGGAUACGUUUGACGCCGAGAUGCGGCGGCUAGGGAAGCUCCGGAACCCGAAUAUCUUGACUCCGCUGGCUUACCAUUUCCGGAAAGAAGAGAAGCUGGUGGUUACUGAGUACGCUCCUAAAGGCAGCUUGUUCUUCGUCUUGCAUGGCGACCGCGGGAUCUCACACGCGGAGCUGAAUUGGCCAACUCGCCUGAAAAUCAUCAAGGGCAUUGCCCGGGGACUGGGCUUCCUCCACGCUGAGUUUCCAUCCAUCGACGUCCCUCAUGGAAACCUCAAGUCCUGCAACAUUCUCCUCGACUCAACGUACGAGCCCCUCCUCUCCGACUACGCCUUCUACCCUCUCAUCAACAACUCCGGCGCCGUCCGCUCUAUGUUCGCUUUCAAGUCGCCGGAAGCCGUUCUCAACCAGCUCGUCUCCCCGAAAAGCGACGUCUACUGCUUUGGCAUCGUCGUUCUCGAAAUCAUCACCGGGAAAUUCCCGUCGCAGUACGGCAGUGGUGGCACCGACGUGGUGCAGUGGGCGCGGUCGGCGGUGGCGGAGAAGAGGGAGAGGGAGCUGAUCGAUCCGGAGAUAGUGGGGACUAAUUCGGUGGCAGAGAUGGAGAAGCUCCUGCGGCUUGGAGCUUCUUGCACUGAGAGUAAUGUGAACCAGAGGAUUGACAUGGCGGAAGCCAUUAGGAGGGUGGAAGAGGUGCAAGCUUGAAGGAAGAUGAUCAGCUGUGAUUAAUUAAGUUGUAGGAAUGGAGAUUAAUGGGAAUGAUUCAUUUCUUAGAAUUUUUCUGUCAUUUGGGUUACAUCAUUUUGAAAAGAAAAGGUUGAAGAAGAUAUGGUUAGUGAUCGGACACAUUCAUAGUAGAUUCAUUACAGUAUAUAUCCCUCCCUUUGUUUGUGUUCUUUCAGUUCCAUGGCAUCUCUAUUUAAUAUCAUAUGGUUGGA